AUGACUAUGGGAAUCUUAACGUUUAUACUGAUAACCCUUCUCUCGACGAAGGCAUUGUCUUACACUUUUACACGGCUGUUGCGUGUACCAAUCGCAGUAUACACGGACGCAAGUCUGGAGCGAUACACGAAUAUACCGACCAAUGCUGACUGUGCGAAGCAGUGCCGAGGACAAUGUUUGGCGUAUUACUACUCUUUUCCCACCAACGUUUGUCAAACAUAUAGUCGUGAGUUUUGUCAGGACUUGGGAGCCGCCUCCACAAAUUCCAGCGUACACUAUUUCACCAGAAACAAUUACCAGACGUGCAGUGACGUACAUGGUAGCUGUUCCUCUGGCUGGUAUCCGAUCACUCCGUCUCCUGGUCAGACCCUCGAAGUCUACUGCGAUCUGGACUCUCCCCUGGGACCAUGGAUUGUAAUACACAACCGCCAAGACGGAAAAGGGAACUUUUAUCGGGGUUGGAAUGACUACAAAAAUGGCUUCGGAGAUCUUUGUGGCAACUUCUGGAUUGGUAAUGAGAUAAUACACAAGCUGACGGACCUCGGAUACACGUUUAUGCGAGUAGAGCUGGAAGCCUGGGACGAGUCUAAAUGGCAUAUUGAAUACGGUACGUUCAGCCUUGCUGACGAGGCUGACAACUAUCGACUCCAGGCAACUGACUCCUCAGGAAACGUUUAUAACGCCCUAGGCUAUCACAACGGUCGUCAGUUCACAACUUUCGACUCGGACAACGACGUUUGUGGACAUUGCAACUGUGCUGUGGUUAGCCAUGGGGCUUGGUGGUACGCAGCCUGUGUCGACUCGAACCUCAACGGGUUGUACAAGGAAGACCUCGGCAACGAUAUAGCCAACUCCAUGCUGUGGUACAAUGUGUUCCAGGGCAGAUCCCACGUUCCGAUGAAGAAG